AUGACCAUAGAGAGGUAUCGAGGCGCACCGCUUGCGACGCACGAGGGAGUUAGGUGCGACGGGUGCGGAGAGACCCCGCUGCGGGGCACGCGCCGUCGAUGCCUCCUAUGCAUCGACGCUGACUUUUGCGCAUCCUGUUGCGAAAUCCAUAGGCACGAUUGUUUCAUCGUCAUGCCCAAGCCCGCGCACGAGGCUUGGUCGGAGACGCUUCAGCUCAUCACGUGCUUCGCAUCCCUCGCCGGUGCGGACGAUUUCCGGGGCGACGAUGGGCUCGACGCGCCCCCGCCCGCCGGGCUGAACGAUCGGCUCCGGGCGUUCAUCGACCAAGGUGCGCACGCCAUCUGUCCGCCGGGACCCGCGCUCUGCCCAAUGGUCAACCCGGCGAGCCACCUCGAGCGGCUCGCGCGGUUCAGACGUAUCGCGCACGCGCGCGAGGAUGCACGCCGGCUGAGGGCACGGGACGCGUCGGAAGCGGCGCGAAACGAGAUCCUCAACCCGCGCCUGUUCGACGUCGUGGACGAGCUCCACCCGUGGAACAUGCCGAGGGAUCCGGCGACGCCGGGGCGGUUCGCGUCCCAGGGACUCAUCGCGUAUCUACCCAGACGCCAGGGAGGCGGCAUGUGCCUGGUAUCGAACGACGGAUUUCCGAUGGUGAUGGUCCAGGUGUACGCGGUGGAGGCGGACAAGGCGGAGCGGGUGGAUGUCAAGGGAGGAUUCUUCGGAGACGUCGGCGGCGUCGCAUCUUCGCUCGCGCAGACGGACAAGGCUGGCGAAUUUCGGGCGUCGUUUGCCAAGGGAGGGGUGGAAGUCAGGGCGAUACUGACGAACGUGUCGAGCCUGUGCUCGGUCAGGAUCGCCGCUCGUCGUUGCGACGCCCGAGGCGUGUGUCGAGAGGACGGCGUCGCGCCGGUGUUUGAGAGCGAGCUCGGACCCCUGGAGAGCGCGGAGCACGCCGCGGAGGGAACCGAGGGACGUGCUCUGCUUCUCGGAUCGACGGGGGCGUCCAACGCACCGUAUCUGAAGUUCACCGCGUCUCCCACCGAAGUUUGGAGCGCGGCGCCGCUGACUAACGCCGUGUGGAAGGGUUCGAGGUGGCACGCGCUCGACAUGUUCGUGGCCAAGCGAAGAGCGCCGGAUGCGCCGCGCCGGGGAAGCGAUUGGCCUUGGUUCGGGGUUGGAGGCAUACCCGUCAUUUCUGAAACGAGAUCGUCCGAAGAUGAGAUUCACCGCAUCCGUCACGUCGGGGUCAUGGCCGAGCACCGCGGCCUAUCCCCCGAGGAGCUCCGCCUCAAGGCUCUCACCGAACCAAACGAAAAUGACCAAAACGCGCCCGAGCCGCCCAGCGCCGACGAGCCCGCGCCGUUCGUCGCCGGCAUGGCGCCCAGACCUCCGGCGUCGCCCGUCGCAUCGUCCGAUGAGGACGAUAUCAACGCACCUACAUCUUCGCGACUCGAUCUCGGCCGCGUCGUCGCCGAGGCGUGUGAUCCGCCUCGGCCCAUCCGGGCCGACCGAUCGCUCCGCCCUUCGCCAAACCCGACGGAGCGAUCGGCGGUGUUGCGCCUCGCCGUCGAACCAAACUUGACUUUACCCCCGGUCGAUCCCGAGCACAUCACGAGACGAAACGCCGCCAAGUUGAUCGUCGCCGCCAGGGAUCGCGAGAUGGUCGAUGUGUACGAACGAGCCGUGACGGGCGCGCACCAGUCGGACGCGUGCGUGGUGUGCCUGGAAUCCGAACCGGCGUGUGACUUGAUCCUCCAGCCGUGCAAACACCAGUGCAUGCACGCGGGGUGCAUGAGCGACAUGGUCCGCAGGUGUCCGCUGUGCCGCGUCAGCGUGGAAUGGACCCUUGUACGCGAUGCGGACGGCGGGAUAAGCAGUCGGCAGCACGGCUGGUCGUACAGCGGCCACGUCGAACGUCAACGAGUGAGGUAA